AUGGGUUCAGCGAUUUCCAAGUGUUUAAACCGAGAGAAGAGAAGUGCAGUAUUUAUAGGAGCAAAGGAUUCAGGAAAGAAAGAAAUAAUAAAGAUACUUAGAAAAGAUAAAACAGAUGUAAUAAGUAAUAUGUAUGAACAUUUCACAGUAAGAGGCAAAGGUUACUCUACUGAAGUAUAUGCCAUAUCUGAGGAUCAGAACCAUGUUAAUUUUUGGAAGUUUUAUACACAAAACUGCAAUUUGGUUGUCUUUGUAGUGAAUAUUGCCAGUGAAUCACUGAUAGAAGAGUCAAAGAAUGUUUUUGAGAAUUUCUUUACAUCCUACGGGACAAAUAAGGAGAGUAUUGUGUUUAUGCUUAAUGGCAAGAGAGAAGAAGAAACAGAAACAGAAGAAGAAAAAGCAGAGAAGAAAAGACAGAACAUUUUAAAAUUCAAAGAGUACUUUGCAACGAUUUCUGGUCUUGAUAAGAAAAUACUUGAUCAUAAUAUGGUAGUUGAUGAAACCACAAGCAGAAAGAAUUUGCUAUCUUUUAUAUGUAAGAAUUAUAGCUAA